CGAUGCAUGUUUACGAACAGGCGCAUGAAAGCAAAAAUGAUUUCGUUCGUUUGCUCGUACUAUCAGCAUCGCCGUAAUAUACACAUCGAGCAUUGAGGAUAGGGGUGCAUGUCCUUUCAGUAGAGCAGUUGUCAAGAUCAGUUUUGUCCUUGUUUCCGUGACGCGCGACAGACAGACAGAGUUAGAUGGUGGUUGAGCGCAAACGUGAACUCCAUUUCGAGACGAGCUAGGGAGUGGAACUUGUUUGCGGUUAAAAAAGUAAACUUGUAAAAAGUUAUCACGUAGGGUGUUUAUUAAGAUAUUUUAGUGCCAAACAUGGAAGGUGUUCUAAUAUUCGACCAGAACAAUGAUUUGAUUUAUCAAAAUUUCAACGAUGGGAUGCGUGCAAAAAUGACCAGACAUGCAAUCGAUCUCGGUUUGAUGGAAGACGAAAAAAGGGAUCCACGCAAGGACUUGGACUGCAAUGUGUUGAUUCAAAUCUUUAGUCCGCUGGUGGCCUCCCAGCGGAUCAUGAUGUGCCAAUUUGAUAAUGCGUACACUUCGGUGCAAAUGGAAAACAACUUGAACUUAGUCUUCGAUGAGUUUUUGGGAUAUUUAUUCCUUCAAAUAAGCACCAAGGAAGUGGAUCAAGUCAGACGUGAGCUAGGUGUUUGCAUUUGUCUAUUAAAACAUAUUUGUGGACCGAACAUAUACAUAGUCAAGAACGACCAUGAAAAAUCGAAGCUGCUCACUAGUUUGAUUGGAACAUAUCGGCGAAUGUACAAAGAGAACCAAGGGAUUUUAGUGGAAGCCAUCGAGCAGCUGCUGGUCAAUGCCGAUGUCAAGAAUACCGUGGUGUCAUCUCUGCAGGCAGCUACGGAGAAGCUCAAACAGGAUCCACACUCCCAACGAAGCCAUUCUAUCAUGUUCGUGGGCAACAAGUUCCUUUCACUGUACAGCAGUCGACAAGCUCAAGAGUUAUCCCCUCCCGAUAUGCUCUUUUUGAACGUAUUUUGUCAAACGUUGGAUCGAGGUGAACACUCAAAGCGUAUCGAAUCACAUGUCGUCUUCCUUCAGGGUUGUUCCAACCAAUCGACAUCGGGUUGCAUUCCCCAUAUUGUACAUGUAUGCAAACUUUUCGACGACGUGUUCUUGGUUUUGUUGAUCGAACAUGGAAAUAUUGUGUUAUCGGGAAAUUUGUACGAUGUCUUCUUCGCCCUACACAAGCUACAUAACAUCCAUAUGCAAAUGGAUGUCGAAAACCUGAGAUCAGCAUUUGAUAGUUUGGAAACGUACGUGAAACACACGAUGGACUCCUUACGCAAGAUCAAACACAACAGUCCUGAAGCGGAUGAAGCUGUUCGCGUUUUCAUUCUGAAAUGGGACAACCUACGUAAGCGUUACUGCGAAUACUUCAAAGCAUCCGACAGUUCACUGUUGGUGAAAAUCGAAAGCAACAUGCCAAUGUUCGUCGAAGCCCUAAAGGAUAUGUUCAAACUGCUUUGUGCCGAGUGUGCCACCCUGGAGCAUGGACUGCAGAGGGUGUCCGACAUAGCCGAUAUGGUCGAAGAAAAGAUCACGGAGGUCUUCAACUUUUUGCAGGUCAAAUCGCAAAAGAACUUCUGCAUGGGAUCGUAUUUAGAAGACUUUCCAGGGUUGGUGCAUUUUAUACACAUCGAUAGGAACAAUGGCCGAAUUGUGGCACCUGGAUUAGAUUUGGAAGACUCCACGAAUGUUCUGAAGGAGAGAAUUUGGUCCAUGGUGGAGCUUUCGCGAACCUAUCUACACAAAGGUCACAUGUCGAUGAUCUGGAAGGACGUUACGUUCAGCUACGGGUACUUUCUUUGGUUCGAAGACGCCAACGGGACUGCGUUGAAGCCGAAAGAGUUUCCCGACUUUUCUACCACUUCAACCAAGCCGCAGCUUAUCGCCGGAAUACUGUCUGGGGACUACUAUCAACGACUGAUAGAGACAUGCUUCCCAAGGACUCCGCCGAGUAAAAUUCGCUGCUAUGAGCUGUAUUGCGUACAUCUGGGACUGGUUACGUCAACGAAUGUGCUGGAGCACUGUCGAAGGCUAGCGGUAACGAUCACCGAUCUUACAGGGAAACCAUUCGACGCCAAAUGCUGUUGUACUGCACCUAAUUCACCUGCUGUUGCCUAUUGUGCUCGCGUUUCAAACCCCAUGAAGCAAGAAGAUGUUCUACGUAAACAAAUAAAUUUCAAUAGUGAAACUUAUCGAUAAGGCAGGAUAAUAGUUUAACCAGUUCAAUUGGUAGCUAACAUACAUUUAAGAGCCAUUGAAAUGUACAUUCCAUCUGAUUUCGUUGUGAAUCCUCUCUGAUUUAUAUUCAGCUAUUUGUUAGAUCUUACAUAGUUUAUAGUUCAUGUGCAUUCUAGAAGUACUUAAAUCCUAUUGUGAAUGAUUUAUAUGUAAUAUGAUUUACAAAAUGUUGUAUUUGUGAAUGUGAUAUUUUCUUCCAGUAAUAAAUCGUUUCGGAAUAAACAAUACAA